AUGUCCAUCUGGAACUGGAAAAAAGGUAAAGACAAUAAGCCUGACAACAAAGAAAAUGUUAGAAAAAAUCCUCACGAAGCAGAAGUAAAGUCACUUAAAGAGUUUUUGAAGAACAUACCAAAAAUGGAAUCGCAUUAUUGUCGUAAACACACAUCCAAGCUUUAUUUGUUACCAGAAUGGUUAUCAAAGAAAGCCCUCUACGAUUUCUACAAAUCAGAUUGGUGCCCGUCGCAAAAUAUCGAACCUCUAUCAAUUGCGAAAUUCAGCAACACGUUGGAAAUUGAAAAUAUUUCAUUGUUCAAGCCCAAAAAAGAUGAGUGCGAAAAGUGCCUCUCUUACAAACUCGGAAACAUACCAGAACCAGAAUAUAGAGAGCACAUCGAAAGUAAGAAUGAAGCCCGAAUCGAAAAAGAAAACGAUAAAAAGACUGAAGAAUUUGUAUUUACGAUGGACAAACAAACUGUGCUACUGGCACCUAAAUCUAAUGUUUCGUCUCUAUAUUAUAAAACCAAGCUAUGCACACACAACUUCUGUGUUUUUAAUUUGAAAAACAAGGACGGAUAUUGUUUUCUCUGGAAUGAGACGGAAGGUGGGCUAACCUCAGACAACUACGCUACCAUAAUUGUCAAAUUUAUAUAA